AGUUGUAUACGUGACCAUUCCAGCGGCUGCGGUUCUGGUCCUACUGAUAGCUGGGGUAGUGGUUUGUGUCAUGAAGAGACAUCGCCACAGCGAACAAAACUAUGACGGGGCUACAGAGGUUGAAAACAUUCUCUACAACGUUACUUACCUUCAAAACAAUGAAAGCACCCCUGCCUCGUCCAAAGGAACGCUGAACCAAACUGACGAAGGCAUUGUAGACAACGAACUGUAUGGAAUGAAUCUUGGUGAUCCAUCAGGGGACGGAAAACCUCGGGGAAUUGGAAACCAGGAAGGAUGGGCACAUCAGGACCAUUUGUAUGUGAACCGAGACUCUCUACAUGCCAACCAGGACCCGGUGUACACGAAUACGGCUGCUGGUCUCGACUCUGGAUUCGUCCACAAUGAUAUCUACGACUCCAAACUGACCGACUUGUAAAACUAGUAACUAGUACAACUGUGGAAACUACUACACGUGCCCCCUAGCUACCUGACGUCGACAUGGAAUUACACGUUAAAAGGGGAUUGAAUAUUUUAACGAGCAGUUAUACGAGUACUUUUAGAUUACUAGUAUUUGGUCCGUGACCUUGUUGAUUGAAAUUUGCUCACAGGCUAUAGAUAAUACUUUAUUCUCGUUUAAUUUUACAGGUGACUAACUCGAUAUGGAUUUGAUUUUUAAUAGUCAAAGCCACAAUCAAUUAUAUUGUAUAGUUAAGUUUUAGAUCUUGAUACACAGUGCGGGAUCAUAUAGAAGUAUCUUUUCUGCUAUGAUUGCUGAAUCUUAUUUCCCCUACACACAUU